AUGCCGCCAUCUAAGCUUCCGCCAGUCCGGCGCAUUGUCAUCGGCCACGAUAACAAUGCGAACUCGACCAUCAAGUAUGAUAGCCAGCUCAAGUCAGAGCAUCUGACAAUGGGCGUGGAAGUCAAGACUCUUUGGAUCACCGACACAUUUCCAGCCAACCCAAAUGUUUUGGGGGACCCAACGGAAUCGCACUCUGGCUUCAUGGCUCCAGGUUCUCUCGUCAGAGUGGUAGACUUUCCCCCACGAUCCCAAGGUGCAACACAUCGAACAGUAUCCUUAGACUAUAUAAUUCUGGUCAAAGGUAGCCUUGUACAUUGGACAGAUGAUGGCAGUACCACAACGGUCAAUGAAGGAGACGUUCUGGUUCAGCAGGCAUCAAUGCACCGUUGGGAUAAUAAUACGGAUGAGUGGGCUCGGAUUGUGUGUAUCAUACUUCCAGCAACUGAGCCGGUGGUUAAUGGCCGCAAGCUGGAUGAUGACUCCCACUCAAUUGGGCUUUCCUGA